AUGUUCCGGUCGAUGUUGGUAAUAAUUCUUGAAUGGUUAAGUUCAGCCGUACCCUCACCCCACUGCAACUAUUGUCGACCGUACCCAGAGUUUGACGUCUACGCCGAAACCGAAAACGAUAAAGCAGCAACAGAAGGAUUUUUAGGUCAUUCGUAUAAGAGGGUUCAAAAUAUGGAAUGUAAAUCAAAGCCAGAAGAAAUAUUUUUUUCUGUCCUGUGUUCCGCUGCAGCAAGGGCCCUGUGGUGUUUGGUUUUAGAAUUCCUACGCUUUACCGUAAAAUUUUAUCGGCAAAGCGUUUGA